CUCGUGUUGACAACUCUCAGUGAAGAACUCAAAAUGGACCUCGACGAAAAAGAAAUGGAAAAGAAAAUGUCGGUGCAGCUUAGUCUGAUACAGCAAGUCUUUGAUGAUCGCGUUGAUGUUACAUGGUCCCGAGUGAAAUGAUCCGCGCCACGUCAUUGUGUAAGUAGCCAUCCUGGAGGUUAUUCCCCUGAACGCUCUAAAGCGUUAGAUAAACACGUAAAACGAGGUAUCAUGACAUGACAUCAUUGUGUUUCGUUUUCAUAAUACAACUAGUCAGGGAGAAAGUCAAAUCGAAAGAGCCUAGUAGUUUUGCUCCAUGACCGCAGUGGCAAGGAAGCAUUUUGAUUAUAAUCUAGAGCGCCGGGGGCAUCUAGCGCCAGAAGAAUCGAUUAGAUCAGUACACUAUGAUGAUUUGUAAUUUGACAUAGUUGAAGCUACUAGAAAAAUAUGGAUAACUCCUUCUCGUAGGAGGACUUUGUGCCUUCGCGCUCUGUUCCUCGCGGUCCUCAACGACGCGACUGCGGUUAAAACUGCCAUAAGUACACGUUGAAGAGUCGGCCUUUCUCCACUCUCUACGCAAGAACCCGAAUCUUGUCACCGCUGUGCUGGUCAAGAAGAGCUUGAAAUAGAAGAUUAUAGUGUCCAGAAGAAGAACAAGUCCCUUAGAACCUAAGUCUCUUCUUGUCCCCAAAAAUCUCAAGCAUCAAAUUCCAGACAACCAGAACCGCAAACAACCACAUCAAAAUGGCGCUUCAACUUGCGUCGCACAAGCUCGAUGAAGCUACGUGCUGUUUUAUGACUGGGAGUAGCAACCCAGAACUAAGCAGAGAAAUUCUGGACAAACUAGGCGUCCCAGCAAAAGAAACACUGCAAGUAAAACGGUUCGCGGACGGGGAAGUACUUUAGUUACUCAUGUUCAUGUUCUACUCUGAUCCUGGUCCGUCACGGCCCGUGGAUUAUUUUCCUCCGGAACCUGUGUAACUAAGAAGAUGAACAUGAAGCGUUAAAGAUAACGCCUUUCUGUCCUCUACAACAAUGAAUUAGGAAUAUCCGUGUCCUGAAAUACACUGCUGCCCAGAUCUACGUCAAAAUCAUGGACACGGUAAGAGGGAAAGACGUAUACGUGAUCCAGUCUACGUCACCUCCGGUGAACGACAAUCUGAUGGAGCUGCUCCUCGUCGUCUCGACCGCAAGAAGAGCAUCCGCCAAACGAAUCACGGCGAUCAUACCUUACUAUGGGUACUAUCGUACUGAUGAGUAGUAAAUAUGUAAAAAUAUUGUUAGAGCAACUGGAAAAGAAAUUCGUGUUUGAUUGGAUGGGUGCAUUUAUUGACUGAUUUGAAGGAAAAUGAAUAGAUAGAGCUAGUAGUUAGUGUAUUCAGAGGUACACUACUCUGAUGAUGAAAAUUCAAGGUACGCUCGCCAAGAUAGGAAAGUGGAUAGCAGAACGCCAAUAUCAGCAGCUGAUGUAGCGAAAAUGAUCGAAGCCAUGGGCGUCGACAGAGUUGUCUCAGUGGAUCUGCAUUGUGGGCAGAUACAGGUAUUAUGCGACUAAGGGUUUCUUUUAGUAUUAUGACAUGCGAAAAAAUUUCUAUGGAUUUGUAGGUAGCAUGCAAGAUCUAUUCGAUAGAGGGAAUCAAACCAAUUUUUACUCACUUGAAGCAAUAGAAGCACUGUUACCCAUUCGAGUACGCUACUGAAAAUUCUAGUGACGUCGACAACCCUACUCACCCACGUGAAGAAACCUACCCACUUCAACAAACCUGUACCUGUAACUUCUAUACCUGUAACUUCCUCAUCAGGGUUUCUUUUCUCCGACAGUUCCUAUGGACAACCUGGAGUCGCAUAUUGUUGCUCUCGAUUGGAUGAUGCCGAAUAUCAAAUUUUCCUCCAAAGUAAGCGUCGUCUCACCAGAUGCGGGAGGGGUGUAUUGAUAAUUUCUAUGCGUUAACAUUGUCUGGCGUUUGUUCUUUGUGUAACCUACUACUAAGGCGGACGCUGACGCAUUGCGCCCGAGUUCCCCAGCGGUGGAGCCUCCUGCGAUGCAGGCGGGGCCACAUCCUUCAGGACGGCCACGAAUCAGGCGAAUGACUGGCCGCAGCCUCGCGGUAGCCGCGUCCUCUUCGAUGCAAUAGCCGCAGGCUGCGUCGCCACCUCUUUCCAAACGCCGAGCAGGGCGGGGGGACUCCCUGAAACGACGGCAGGAAGCUUCGGGGCCAUGGCGUCGCUAAUGGAAAUGAUUGCCCCCCCUCGGCGAUCUUGGGGGAACAUGGCACGGCUUACGCAGAAAGCCCGAAACAAUACGCAAGGCCGAACUUUCCACUCACUCAGCGAUGGUUAUCCACUCGUGGCACACAGUGAAUCGCAUGGCGAGAGACUUGAGGCAAGCGCCGCAGACCAUGACAACGGAGGAGGGGGGGCCGCUGCCUCAUUGCCCGAGAUUCACGCGCCGGGUGUUUGCGAUCAGGAUGGCAACUGACUACCCGCGCGCCCUUUAUCUCGAUGCGCUUCCGAAGUCCGGCCUGACUUUGCUCCCGCUGGCUCGUCUCUUACAAAGCCGGCAGGAAGGCCCUGGAGACCCCCCGGGAGUGCCGCAAAGAGGUGCAAGCCGCCACGCACAUACAUGCGUGACCGGGUGGGGGCGCCAGGUGCGUGGAGUUCGCUCGGGGAUGGUGCCGGCGGGUCCGUCUGGUUUGGCUGGGGAUGCUCGCUCUUCUGACGGUGUGCCCCCAGCUUGCGCGGCAAAGAAAUGGCAAAGGAAGGCGGGCCGCUUUGUCGUGGUGUGUGUGUGUGUGGCUUGACGUAAUUAAUCGGGGGGCGUGUGUUGUUCUCUUUAUUUUGUAGGCGGGGCCCGCGCGGCCGCCUGACGUGGUGCCCCCCUCUGCGUAGGGCUAGGCCUAGGCCCUUGCGAAAAAGUAGGGAAGUUUGUUGUCUCUGGCGGUGUUGUUCCUUAGUUCUCCUCAAUUGAUCUCCCGCGCCGCAUUCGCGCUUGCAUUUUAUUCCACCUCUUAUCGAUCCGCCUGUCAGUAGUUUUUUGUUUUUCAGUCGUUUUCUUUGUAGGCUUGUCCCUCGAGCCUCUAUGACGUUCGCGCGGCUGUCUGUGCAAAUUGAUUCUUUGUAUUCCAUCGUAGUGCAUUGCGCUAUCGCAUCAGAUGACACCUUCCUUGAAUUCCGAUACAUAGCGGACGACCCGACCUUCCAGUUCCAUCUACCAAUCCCAGGUAUCGGGCGAAAAAAUUUCAAGAAGCAAUGAUGUCAAGAGGGAUACCGAAUCCUGGUUUAGCGAUGUUGAUUAAGCAUAGAAGCAGGCCAAACCAAAUCGAGAAGAUGGAUCUAGUAUUAAGGCUCAAUACAAUUAUUCAUUUUUACAAGACACUUGCAUUUCUCUGCUUAUUCCCUUCUUACUUUGGGAAUGGGUAUGGGAGAAAUCAAGAAAAGAAGUGAAUUGUUUUGAGCUCUAAUAAUAGGAGCAGUAGAGGGCUGCGAUUGUCUUAUCAUCGAUGAUAUAGUAGACACCGCGGGCACUUUAUGCGAAGCGGCGAGGCAACUGCGUAUCUAUGAUGUUUUUCGAAAAUCUUAGCACUGGAGGUAGUUUCGUUUCGAUUUUACAAGUCUGUCAGAUUGUUCAUAUCGGAGAUACAUACUCUACCCUCCUAGCCCUAACAACGCUUGACAUCAAACAGGUCUAAACGGUGCCACGCGAGUCGUCGCUUUUAUCACGCACGGUCUUUUUUCCGGACCUGCGGUUCAGAGAAUCACUGAUAGCGAACUCGAGACCGUAGUCGUCACCAACAGCAUCGUGGGUCUCAAUGACGAGAAGGUGAAAGCCUGUCCCAAGAUCCAAUCCGUCUCGAUAGGAGGCUUGCUGGCUGGAGCGAUACAUAUUAUGCCACCACGAUGAUCAAAUAUUUCUUCCUCUUCUUCCUCCAUUGUCAUUUUCUAGUUCGUACCUCAAUCUCACCGUUGGGGUCCAUGUUCGACCAUGUUGUUAUCUUGGAGAUGGACAGAAUAGGAGUAUGUAAGUAUUCGAUAAACUGAAAUAUGCGAGCAGUAACUACUUACAAUAAGCGAGAUACUGAACAAGGAAGAGUAGCCCUGUCAAAGCUACCUCCCUUAUUUCAGUCAGUAACUCGGUUAUUUUCAGUUUUCGAGUAAUACUAGGCAGUGAACACGAAAUGUAGGAAAACUGCUCUUCUCUAACACAAGUAUCCAAUACAAGCAGAGCAUAUCCGCUUUGUGGGGGAGUAAAAAAGCGGCAAAAGCUCCCUGCGGCGCCUUACCCGAGAAAGAAGCGCCAGCUUGUCAAGCCGGAUCCAUGCCCAAGGCUGGAAGCCCUAUGCAAGAAGAAUAAGAAGGAAAGGAAAUAUAUAACUGUGAUAGAAAGUGACUGAUGAAAAGAGUUUUAGAGUAAACAAACAACAAAGGUGAUAUGAAGAACGUGUCAGACAUAAUUUGGUGUCAUGGAUAAGUGUUUUGUGAAACAAGGACUGUUUUUGACGGUGCUGGGGGAGAAGUUAGUGAUGUGGGGAGAAACUAUGAAUAAUUAUUGGGGGAGUAAGUUGAUACAUUAGACAUGAAGAUAGAAAUAGUUUUUCUGCUGCUACUAUGAGUAACUCAAACUCAGAUAUCUCUAUCUAUUCUGCGCGAUGAUAUAAAUGUCGUUUUUCAAUUUCAAUCAUUCGAAUUGAUCGUUUCUUCUAGUGGAUUCAAAUUCGAUCCCCAUGCCUUUGUGUGCAGUAAGUGAUAGGGUAGUGGCAGAACCAAGUUUUUGCGCUAGGGAGAUCUAGGAUUAUGAAUGAUCAAAAAGAGAUAAUGAUAAGACUAUUCACCUAUUAACACUAAGUGAUGUAGUUGUAACAAAAAAUUCGGAAGAACAACCCUGGCGUUUGCCGGCAUUACUUAGGACCCAGGUUGCGUGUUCGCAUAUGAUGUGGUGAAAAGCUUCGAAUGAAUCACUGUCACACUUCUUGUUUACAACUUAGAGAACCA